CUUUCACUUCGCUUCCAGGAAAACAAGAGGAAGAGAAAAUUGUAGAGAGAGAAAGAGAGAGGGCAGGAGGGAGGUAAGCUCUUCAUCUUUUUCUUCUUUAGUUUCCGUCAUUUUACGCUAGUGGUCUUCAAUGGCGGCCUCUGUCGAGAACCGGCAGUUCAGUCGCCUUGAACCGGGUUUAGUUCGCUCCUUUAAUCCCGGGCCGAAUCACCGCUCUGACUCGCCUGUCCGCGGCUGCAACUUCCCUGAGAUGAACCGGCCGAAGAAACCCGUGGUUUUGGAGGACUCUUCGAGUGAAGACGAGACUGAAAAUGACUACGAAGCCGCCAUAAAGAAAGGGAAAAUGGAGUUGGAACCGUCGUCUUUCGACCCCAGAGAUGACGGAACAGCCGAUAACUGGGUGGAGCGCAAUCCGUCCAUGAUCCGGCUCACCGGGAAACACCCCUUCAACUCCGAACCGCCGCUGACUCGGCUUAUGCACCACGGCUUCAUCACCCCUGUUCAACUUCACUACGUCCGGAACCACGGGCCAGUCCCCAAGGCCACCUGGGAGGGCUGGACCGUGGAAGUGACCGGUCUGGUUAAGCGCCCGACCCGGUUCACCAUGGACCAGCUGGUCUCGGAGUUCCAAAGCCGGGAAUUCCCCGCCACACUGGUGUGCGCCGGGAACCGCCGCAAGGAACAGAACAUGGUUAAGCAAACCAUCGGAUUCAACUGGGGCGCCGCUGGAAUAUCCACGUCGGUGUGGCGCGGCGUGCCGCUGCACUACAUCCUGAAGCGAUGCGGCAUCCUGAGCCGUAAAAAAGGGGCGCUUAACGUGUGCUUCGAGGGCGCCGAGGAUCUCCCCGGCGGCGGCGGAUCCAAGUACGGUACCAGCAUCAAGAAGGAAUUCGCCAUGGACAAAUCGCGGGACAUCAUUCUGGCGUACAUGCAGAACGGCGAGCGGCUGUCCCCAGAUCACGGGUUUCCCGUACGGAUGAUCAUCCCGGGCUUCAUUGGUGGACGAAUGGUGAAAUGGCUGAAGCGAAUCAUCGUAACCACUAAGGAAUCCGACAGUUACUAUCACUACAAGGACAAUCGAGUGCUGCCGUCCCACGUGGACUCCGAGCUGGCCAAUGCUGAAGCGUGGUGGUACAAGCCGGAGUACAUCAUCAACGAGCUGAACAUCAACUCCGUGAUAACGACGCCCUGUCACGAGGAGAUAUUGCCGAUAAACUCGUGGACGACGCAGCUGCCGUACACGUUGAGGGGCUACGCAUAUUCCGGGGGAGGUAAGAAAGUGACACGUGUAGAGGUGACAAUGGACGGAGGGGAGAGUUGGCACGUGUGCGAUGUGGGGCACCCGGAGAAGCCGAACAAGUACGGCAAGUACUGGUGCUGGUGCUUCUGGUCGCUGGAGGUGGAGGUGCUUGACCUCAUCGGCGCCAAAGACAUCGCCGUCCGAGCAUGGGACGAGACCCUCAACACCCAGCCCGAGAAGCUCAUCUGGAACCUCAUGGGGAUGAUGAACAACUGCUGGUUCCGGGUGAAGACGAUCGUGUGCAAGCCGCACAAGGGGGAGAUCGGGAUCCUGUUCGAGCACCCAACUCAGCCGGGGAACCAGUCCGGCGGCUGGAUGGCUCGCGAGAGGCACCUCGAGAAGUCGGCCGAGUCGAGCCAGACUCUGAAGAAGAGCGUCUCUUCGCCCUUCAUGAACACCUCCUCCACGGUCUUCUCAAUGUCCGAGGUCAAGAAGCACAACUCCGCCGACUCUGCCUGGAUCGUCGUCCACGGUCACAUCUACGAUUGCACCCGCUUCCUCAAGGACCACCCCGGCGGCGUCGAUAGCAUUCUCAUCAACGCCGGCUCCGACUGCACAGAGGAGUUUGACGCCAUCCACUCCGACAAGGCCAAGAAGCUCCUCGAGGAUUACCGGAUCGGCGAAUUGAUUACCACCGGCUACACCUCCGAUUCUUCCGCCUCCUCCCCGAAUAACUCCGUACACGGCGCGGCCAACUUAACCCACCUCGCGCCGAUCAAAGAAGUCGCGCCGUUGAGAAGCGUUGCCCUUGUCCCGCGCGAGAAAAUCCCAUGCAAGUUGGUGGAGAAGACGGUGAUCUCUCACGAUGUAAGGAAGUUCAAAUUCGCAUUGCCAUCGGAGGACCAGGUCCUGGGACUACCCGUCGGGAAGCACAUUUUCCUCUGCGCCACCAUUGAUGACAAGCUCUGCAUGCGAGCCUACACGCCGACGAGCUCCAUCGACGAAGUGGGUUUCUUUGAGCUCGUGGUGAAGAUCUACUUCAAGGGCGUCCACCCAAAAUUCCCAAACGGCGGGCUAAUGUCGCAGUACCUGGAUUCAAUCCCAAUCGGUUCGGUUCUUGACGUGAAGGGCCCCUUGGGCCACAUUGAGUACACCGGCAAGGGAAACUUCAUGGUCCACGGCAAACCCAAGUUUGCCAAAAGACUGGCUUUGAUCGCCGGGGGCACGGGGAUCACUCCCAUUUACCAGGUGGUUCAGGCCAUUAUGAAGGAUCCGGAGGACGAAACCGAGAUGUAUGUGGUUUAUGCGAACCGGACGGAGGAUGAUAUUUUGCUGUGGGAUGAGCUAGAUUCUUGGGCGAAGAAGCACGAGAGGUUCAAAGUGUGGUAUGUGGUGGGAAAGACGGUGAGGAAUGGGUGGAAAUACAGCGUGGGGCACAUCACGGAGAGCAUCCUGCGGGAGCACAUCCCCGGCGCGGCGGAGGACACACUGGUGCUGGCGUGCGGGCCUCCGCCGAUGAUUCAAUUCGCCGUGCAGCCCAACUUGGAUAAGAUGGGAUUCGAUCUCAAGAAUCAGUUGUUGGUGUUCUGAUGAUCAAGGAGGAGUUCUCCAUUCUGGGUUGGAAAGAAUAAAAUUAAUGAUACCGGGGGCAUCCUCAUGCAUGGCCAUGUACAUGUAUAGCUUUCCAAGAACCUGUGAAUUAAUAAUGUAAGGAGCCAUUAGGGAUAUUGCUUUAUGGUAAAAGUACAUAAAUACUUUUUAUUUCUUAACUUCUUCAUGAGA